AUUUCUUUAUCACACUUUUCCUUUUCCUACAAAACAUACCAAAACCAAAUUCCAUAAUUACCUCUCUCUAACUUCCCAAAAAUAUUUGGCCAAUUUCCAAAAAUGGAAUCCAUUGGAUCUAGUUCCACCCCUUCUGACAACCACCACCAUCGUCAUCGCCACCAUUUGAUGCCAACUCAACCACUAGCCGAUAGAAUCAUCCGUGCAGUCAGCCACCAUCUCCGCCUCCUCCAUCAUUACGACACCACUUUCUUUAUCUUAGGCGCAACCGGAAAUGUAUACACUGUUAACCUCUCCACCACCCCAUCAUGCAGCUGCCCUGAUCGAACCACCCCAUGUAAACACAUCCUAUUCGUGUUCAUCCGUGUAUUGGGUGUCUCCCUUGAUGACAUCUGUCUUCUCCGGCGAACUCUCCAUCCAUGUGAGCUCCAACGCCUUCUCAACUUACCCAUCUCAACUGAAUCAUUAGCAAACCCUAAUGUUCGUGAAAGAUUCCACCAGUUAUUUUUUCAAGAACGGUCAAAAUGUUCACCGUCGAAAAUAGAAAUAGAGAAUGCUGUAACAUGUCCAGUGUGUUUGGAAGAAAUGAACAAGGAAGAAAGAGUGGCAGCUUGUGGUAGUUGUAGGAAUCCAUUACAUGAAGAAUGUUUGAUGGCAUGGAAGAGAAGUAACAGAAGAAGAUGGAUUAGAUGUGUGAUAUGCAGGGCAAGAUGGAGGGAUGUGAGGGCUAAUUCUGAGCAACAAGACAAGUAUUUGAAUUUGUCUGCUUAUGAUGAUAACAUGCAAGUGGAAGAUCGACUGAGCCAUUGUGGGGGUUAGGCCUUUCCAUAAUUGUACUAUUGUAGAGUUUGAUCAGUUGUAAUUAAUGUUGUACUAAUUGUAAUUAUAUAACUCCAGAAGUAUGUAUAUUCAAGGGCAGGGUAUCUAAAGAC